AUGAAAAUCAUAAGCUGGAACUGUCGGGGAAUUGGCAACCCCCGUACAGUUUCUGCUCUCAGGGACUUGUGCUGGAGAGAGUUGCCAUAUAUAGUCUUUGUUAUGGAGACUAAAAUUGACUCGAGUAGACUAGAGGGUAUUCGUAACAAAUGUGGCUUCACAGAUGGUAUUAGUGUUUGUAGUAAUGGGCUGUCGGGUGGAAUUGGUCUAUGGUGGAGGGAUGUUUCAGCUAGGCUGGUUUCGUUCUCUUCCAAUCAUAUUGCUGUGGACAUUGUAAAUUGUAAUAACGACCCAAUAUGGAGGGCAGUAGGUGUAUAUGGGUGGCCGGAGAAGGAAAACAAACAUAAAACUUGGGCUUUAAUGAAGAACCUACGGCAACAUUGCAGCAUUCCGAUGGUUUUUUUUGGCGAUUUUAAUGAAGUUCUUAUUGAUACAGAGAAGGAAGGCGGUAUUCCUAGGAGUGAGCGAUGCAUGGAUAACUUUAGGGAAGUUUUGGAUGUUAUGGGUGUUAGAGAUUUGGGUUUCAAAGGCUGUAAGUUCACAUGGCAGCGCGGUCAAUCUCUUUCAACGCUUAUCAGGGAGAGGUUAGAUAGGUUCCUGGCAUGCGAUUGUUGGUGUGGUUUAUUCCCGUAUUACAAUGUCAACAACCUCCCAAUAAAUAUCAAGCAUUCUGAUCAUGCUCCAAUUAUUCUCAAGGCGGGAUUGAGGGAGGAGAAUAGAAGAAAAAAAAGGAUAUUCCGGUUUGAGGCACUUUGGCUCUCAAAAUCGGAGUGCGAAAGUGUGGUCAAAUCUGCCUGGAACAAUAAUGUGGUUGAUCCUAUUCAUAUGAGGAUUGCUAAUUGUGCGGAAUCUCUCAGUCUGUGGGCUUCGAACACCUUUGGGGAUAUAAGGAAAAGAAUUAAGAAGGCUGAGGAGAGGCUUCUAGCAACACAGCAAGGUGUAAUGGAUGGUGUCAAUUUGCAUAGAUGCUGGAGUAUAUCGCAGGAGCUUGAUGAGCUUCUUAUGUUGGAGGAAUCCUACUGGCAUGCUCGGGCAAGGGCUAACGAAUUACGAGAUGGUGAUAAGAACACUAGUUAUUUCCAUCAUAAAGCUAAUGCUCGGAGGAGAAAAAACAGUAUUAAGGGGCUGGAAGAUGGAGAUGGUGUAUGGAAGCAGGACAAAAAAGAUAUGCAAGACAUUAUUUCAGGCUAUUUUUCCACCCUCUUUACAUCUGAUGGCAGUAGGGAUAUCGAUGAGGCACUUGCUGGAGUUUCGAAUGUUAUUACAGAUGAGAUGAAUCAGAAGUUGUGUGCCGAGCCUACAGGGGAGGAGAUUCACCGAGCCCUCUUUGAAAUGCACCCUAAUAAGGCUCCCGGAAUUGAUGGUAUGCACGCUCUCUUUUACCAAAAAUUUUGGCAUGUUGUUGGCAUUGAUAUUAUUAAUUUUAUUCUUGAUUGGUGGUAUUGUAAUGUGGAUAUUUCGGAUAUUGGGAAAACUUGUAUUGUCUUAAUUCCGAAAUGUCAAGAGCCCCGAAAGAUAACAGAAUAUAGACCAAUCAGUUUGUGUAAUGUGCUAUAUAAAAUAAUCUCAAAAAUGAUGGCCAACCGUCUCAAGCCUUUUUUGAAAUCAGCAAUCUCCCAACAACAGAGUGCCUUUGUUCUGGGUAGACUUAUAACGGAUAAUGCUCUUGUUGCUUUUGAGAUUUUUCAUUAUAUGAAGCGUAAGGGGGAUGGGAAACAUGGUACUAUGGCCCUUAAAUUGGACAUGAUGAAGGCGUAUGACCGGGUUGAAUGGGGUUUUUUAGAACACGUAAUGCUGAAGUUUGGAUUUUGUGCUUCCUGGGUGAGUAAAAUCAUGGGCUGCCUCUCUUGCUACUCCUUUCAAGUAAAAUUAAAUGGCGAGAUUUUUGGGAAUAUUAUUCCGGGCAGAGGCAUCCGACAGGGUGAUCCCAUAUCUCCAUAUUUGUUUUUACUGGUUGCAGAUGUUUUUUCUCGACUCCUGAUCAAAGGUGUUGAUGAGAGGGUGAUUCAUGGGGUAAGGAUUUUUCAUGGUGCUCCUAGCAUUUCCCAUUUAUUUUUUGCCGACGACAGUAUUCUAUUUGCGAGGGCUACCAUUGAAGAAUGUCAGAAAAUUUCGGAAAUCCUCUGUAUUUACGAGAAUGCUUCAGGCCAAAAAAUUAAUUUAAGUAAGUCUGAAGUAUCUUUUAGCAAGCAUGUGCCUGAAAGUAGGAGAAGGGAUAUUUGUGACUUACUUGGUGUCAAUGUGGUUGUGAAACAUGAGAAAUAUUUGGGUAUGCCAACGCUUAUUGGGAGAUCGAAAAAAGUGAUUUUUGCAAACAUUAAAAGUAGGAUCUGGAAGAAAUUACAGGGGUGGAAGGAGAGGUUACUUUCGAAGGCAGGUAAGGAGGUUCUUAUCAAGGUUGUUGCCCAAGCCAUCCCAACCUAUCUGAUGAGUGUCUUCAAACUACCGGAUGGUCUCGUGGAUGAAAUUCAUGCCAUUAUGGCCAGAUUUUGGUGGGGAAAUGGAAGGGUUAAUAAAAUGCACUGGAAAUCUUGGGACACUCUCUGUCUACCGAAAGCAAACGGGGUUAUGGGUUUCCGGAACUUGAAGGUGUUUAACCAGGCCUUAUUAGCAAAGCAGGGAUGGCGUUUAAUUCAUGAGAAAGAGUCCCUUCUUUAUUCUGUGCUCAAAGCAAGAUACUUUAAACAUGCUGAUUUUCUGGAGGCUAGUAGGGGAUACGAUCCUAGCUACACGUGGAGGAGUAUCUGGGGAGCAAAGUCCUUGUUACUAGAAGGCUUGAUUUGGAGAGUGGGAAAUGGACAAUGCAUUAAAGUAUGGAAGGAUAAGUGGUUGUGGAAAGGGAGAGGAAGAGAGAUUCCUACGCCUCCACCGAAUGGGUUGUAUGACCAUGACUUAAAGGUGGCACAAUUAAUUGACUACCAGGCUGGACAAUGGGAUCAACAGGAAAUGGAGCUACAUUUUCAAGAGGAUGAUAUUUCCUCUAUCCUAGCUUUACCCCUGCAUUCACCUCUGGGUCCGGAUGUUCCCAUAUGGGGUUUUAAUAACUCUGGAAUGUUUACGGUGAAAACGGCUUACUGGCUGGGUAUGUCUGCCCCCCAUACCAGUAGCAACCGGCAGCAGAAUGAAGUUUGGAAGCACAUAUGGUCUGUUAAGGGUCCCCUUAAGCUGCGUCACUUUCUUUGGAGGGCCUGUCACAAUGCUUUAGCGGUAGGAAGUGAGUUGCAUAGAAGGCAUUUGAGAGAGAAUGGGGUCUGCCAGAGAUGCAAUGAAGCGGAAGAAACAAUCAGCCAUGCGCUAUUUCAAUGUCGCUCGGUACAGGAUGUUUGGCAGAGAAGUCCAUUUCAUAGCUUAGUUGCCACAGUGAGGGAUGAGCCCUUUUGUACCUUUUUCUCUCGUUGGGCUGUGGACUUGUCUAGGGAGAAGCUUUGUGUUAUGUCUACUCUCAUGUGGGCUUUGUGGAUGAGCAGAAACAAAACAAUACAUGCAAAUGAAGCCCACGAUCCUCAAGCUCUUGCAGGCAGCAUGGUAAGAUAUGUAGCAGACUAUAACUCAUAUUCAACAAAGGUGUCUGGUGGGCCUAACUUUGGCAGCAACCUCACAGCAACAACAUGGAAGAAACCUGCAGCAGGGACAAUCAAAAUUAAUGUUGACGCUGCCUUAUUUCAGAAUGCAGAAGUUGGUGUUGGGGUAGUUGCCAGAAAUUCUGAAGGCACGAUUCUGUUCACAGCAGCAAAGAGAAUGCAGGGCUGCUGGGAUCCUGCUGUGAUCGAGGCCGCAGCAUUCUGUUAUGGGGUGGAGCUCGCUAAACGCUUUGAGUAUGCUGAUAUAUGGAUGGAAAGUGAUGCUAUAAACAUUGUGCAGAAAAUCAGGCAACAUCAACUUGGUCUCUCUUAUGUGCACUUGUUUGUGGAUAACAUUGUGAAGAUAAUCCCGAAUUUUAAUUCUUUUGCUUGUUCUCAUGUAAAGAGGGGAGGGAAUACAGUGGCUCACUUUAUUGCUAGAUCUUGUACCACCUCUGUACCCGAACAAGUUAUGUUUGAGUCUUUUCCGGAAACUGUCUUACAGCUUGCGGAACUUGACAAUUAUUAA